AUGGAUACCUCAGAUGCCGAAGAGCUAGAAAACUUAAUUUUGACACUUCAAAUUGAUCGUGAACCAGUCGCCUCAGAAAUAGAAGUCCUGAAAUCGAUCUACGGAGACGACUCUAUACGGAUAUGGCAUCCUCCAGAAGAGAGGUCAACCGAUGACACUGGUACGGUGCGGUAUGAAGUCGUUCUAAGUUUUCCUUCCCCCCACGAUGAGGUAUCCAUCAAGGUCUUGGUAUCCAUCCCACCAUCCUACCCAUCAACGUCCACCCCCCAGCUCCAACUACUGUCGCGGUACAUCGGGGCUUUCGGGAUCGACUCUGCUCUUUUUGGAUCAGUGUUGAAGACGUUCAUCUCUAUAAAUGGCGUAGAAUGGAUAGAGGACAACGUCUGUGUCUUCGAUGGCCUUCAGAACGUCCUGGACAGAUGCGUACAGUGGUAUGAAGAUCACCUGAAUACGGACAAGGCGGGAGAACUGCUCCGGGAGGAUGAGAGGGAAUCGACACAUCCUGAUAUACCAGCAACGUCGGUACCUAUAACACCCGCUGAUCCUACGCCAUCUGUUCCGGUCUCAUUGCCUAAAGGCGUCGAAAUAUUCGUUGCCGAACCCAUAACGGAUCGCAGGAGUUCGUUCAUCGGUAGAGCGUGCUCAAUAUCGGAUCCCUCGAUGGUCCCUCUGAUACUUUCUCACCUGUCCUCCGAUCGGCGAAUAGCUAGAGCAGCACACCCAAUUAUCAAUGCUUGGCGAUGUGAAGUAGGAGGGCUCCUCCACCAAGAUAACGAUGAUGAUGGUGAAACCGCUGCCGGUGGACGCUUAGCACAUUUACUUCAGAUAUUGGAUAUCAACAAUGUCCUUGUCGUAGUGACACGAUAUUUCGGAGGCAUCCAUCUUGGACCGGACCGGUUCAAGCACAUCAAUCAAGCUGCUCGGAACGCCCUGGAAUUAGGUGGUUUCCUGGAUGAACCGGCUUCGAAGAAGUCGUCUGCGCGUGGACGUAAACAUUGA